CUUUCAUAGACGUUACAACGUUUAAGUUUCAGAUUUGACUUGAGUCAAUAUGAGCGAGGACUGGGAUGACGACCCGCCUUCAGAGUUUCAUCCAGUUGAAGGUGGCACUAGGUUUACUGGACCAGCUUCUUCAGUUGGAAGAGGACGAGGAUUUGGUCGAGAUGUUGACAGUCGUCACAAACCCAACAACAUUAACAAUACAUGGGGAGAAAAUCAGCAAGAAGGCGCAAUAGGCGAUAGAGGAGACAACAAGUGGGAAAGUGGCGACAACAAUAAUGGAAACAAGGAAAACAUUGAUUGGGGAAGCAGUGGCAGAGGAAACCGAAGAGGCCAUAGUUAUAGUCGAGGUGGUGGCAACAGAUUUAAUAAUGAUGAAACGUGGGUUGAAAAUGGCGAGGAAGGCUCAAAAGGCAGAAGAGGAGAUGACAUGUGGGAAAGUGGCGACAAUAAUAAUAAAGGAAAUAUAGGAAAUGUUGAAAGGAAUAGCAACGGUACAGACAGAAGAGGAAGAGGACGAGGUUUUGAUCGAGAUGUUGACAGUCGUCACAAAUUUAAUACAAACAGUAACAAAGGAUGGAGAGAAAAUGACCAAGAAGGCGAAAGAGGCGAAAGAGAAGAUGACAACUGGGAAAGUGGUGACAACUAUAAGAGAAACAGGGAUACCACUGAAUGGGGAAGCAGUGACAGAGGCACAGGAAACCGAAGGGACCGUGGUUAUAGUCGAGGCGGUGGCAACAGAUUUAAUAAUGAUGAACCGUGGGUUGAAAAUGGCGAGGAAGGCGCAAGAGGCAGUACAGGAGAUCGCAACAAUCAAACCCGAAGUAGCAGCGGAGUGGACGACAGCUGGGGUGGAAGAAGCGACGGUGCUUGGGGUGAAGAUGAUAAGGGAAGGCGUCGCCGCGACGUGGGCGACUCCAACAGAAGAGGUCGCACUGAUAAUGACACAAAUGAUGCCGGUCCGGAGAAACCACGGGAGAUUUAUGUGCCCCUGGAACGGGUCGGAGAGGAUGAUCUCUUCACAACCACCAUCACUUCGGGUGUGAAUUUUAUUAAACUGACUGACGUCGAAGUAAAUGUGUCGGGACAGAACGUGCCCAGGCCGAUUGCUUCAUUUGAAGCAUCCCAACUUAGACAACUGUUAUGUGAUAACGUGAAAAAGUCUGGUUACACCACACCAACGCCUAUACAAAAACAUGCAAUACCCAUUAUUGCAAACGGGAGAGACUUGUUGGGCUGUGCCCAAACUGGCUCAGGAAAAACCGCCGCGUUUCUACUUCCCAUAAUUAACAAAUUAAUGGAAGAUCAGUCUCCACCUAUCACUGAAAAUGGCACAGCACAUCCCAUUGUGGUGAUUAUCUCUCCGACCAGAGAACUUGCCAUACAAAUUUACGAACAAGCCCGAAAAUUUGCUUACCACACAAUUGUUAAGGUUUUAAUGUGCUAUGGCGGCACAUCAGUUUUUCAUCAGACUAGUCAAGUUUCUCGAGGUUGCCACAUUUUGGUGACAACUCCUGGUCGUCUGAUUGAUUUUCUUUCGCGUAACACUGUCUCAUUUGCUUCUUGCAAUUGUUUUGUUCUGGAUGAGGCGGAUCGCAUGCUAGAUAUGGGAUUUAUAUCAGCAGUUGAGCAGAUGCUUGGCCACGAGACUAUGCCAGCUACGGGUGUAAGACAGACGUUGAUGUUUUCCGCUACGUUUCCUGAAGAGGUUCAAGUUUUGGCGGGCAAAUUUUUAUACAAUUAUAUAUUUGUGGCUGUUGGCAUCGUGGGGAGCGCCUCAAGUGAUGUGGAACAGUACUUCCACAUGGUAUCAAAGUACAACAAGAGAGAAAUGUUGAUAGAAAUGCUUCAAAAAUCCAAAGGCAAAGAAAAAACCAUCGUAUUUGUGGAAACGAAGCGCAACACAGACUUCCUAGCCAGCUUGUUAAGCGAAAGCGACAUACAGUCGACCAGCAUCCACGGUGACCGACUUCAACGAGAGCGCGAGCAGGCCUUGUGGGACUUCAAAAAGGGCACAAGAAAUAUUUUAGUUGCGACCGCCGUUGCGGCCCGAGGUCUCGACAUCGAAGGUAUCCAGCACGUGAUAAAUUACGACUUGCCGAAGAGCAUAGACGAAUAUGUUCACCGCAUCGGUAGGACGGGCCGUGUAGGGAACUGCGGCAAAGCCACCAGUUUCUACGAUCCGGACGUCGAUUCAGGCCUGGCCGGGCCACUGACGAAGAUUCUGGAACAGGCCGGGAUCACCGUUCCGGAGUUUCUGCGCAAGGCCGGAUAUGGCGGCGGAUCGUCGGAUGCCUUUAGCGGCAGGGAUGUCAGAGGCAACGAUUAUGGUACUGACGUUAAAGCUGCAUUUGAUCCAUGUGCCGAUGAAUGGUUUAAGUUCCUGAAAUCGCUCUUCCGGCCUCUGCAUUCAGGACAUUGAUUCAUACGCCUGAAGCAGGAUUUGCAGCAGCUGUGACCGAUGACGCACAUUCGGAUUGGUGGUUUCAUGUAGUCAAGGCAUACGACACACUUGAAUUCGCUAAUUAAAUCAUACAUUAUCUUGCUGGACAUUAUGGUUGGUUGAUUGAUUUAAACGUUGCACUCCACCAAAGGUUUGACAAUUUUGCCUAUUUGGUCGGAUGCAAUUAGUAUUUAUAUCCAUUCCUAUUCAGGUAUAAGAAAAAUUUAAUAUAGACUAUUGGAUUAUGAGAUUUAGGUUCUAUAAAAAUAAUACCUGGCAUUAUUACUUCUAUUUUUUAUAAUUUAUAUCUGAAUUUAAUUUAAUCCCAUAUACAAACGCCGUCGACGUCUUGGAGCAAAUCUCAAAAACCAGGUAAUCAAUCUAUUUCAAAUUUUGGGAGUGUUAAUCAA